AUGGAUGGGAACAAUUCAUUUCAAAGUGAUAUUCUCCAAAUGGAGGGCUUUAACAUUUCUAUGGAGUUCACAUAUCCUCUGUUCUUCUUGAUUAUGUUUGUCUACCUUACUCUUCUUAUCUCCAACAUUGGAGUGAUUGUACUUAUCAUCAAAGAGGAGAGCUUACACCAGCCCAUGUACAUACUAUUCUGUAACCUGUCAGCAAAUGACCUCAUUGGGAACACUGUGCUACUGCCUAGGCUGAUGCACGAUAUUGUUUCAACUCCAAAGUUGAUCUCAUAUGCUCAGUGUGUCACACAAGCAUUCUGCAGUCACACAUUUGGCUCGGCGUCCCACAUGAUAUUGAUAAUUAUGGCUGUUGACAGAUAUGUGGCUAUAUGCCACCCCCUACGGUACAACUCAAUAAUGACAACCCGAACCGUGGUAACCCUCUCUGUUUCAGCUUGGGGGACCUCUCUGCUGUUGGUAUCCGUUCUGCUUGGGCUCACUGUUAGGCUGUCUCGCUGUCGCUCUAUCAUACUGAACGCUUAUUGUGACAAUGCAUCGCUGUUUAAGCUUUCUUGUGAAAAUGUGACAGUCAAUAACAUCUAUGGACUCUUUUUCACUGUGUUGCUAUUUAGUUCCUCAAUGGGAAGUAUUGCUGUCACUUAUUUCAGGAUUGCUGUUAUCUGCUGGACCAGGAAAAACAAGGAACUGAAUAACAAGGCAGCACAGACGUGUGCCAGCCACCUGGUCCUGUAUCUCAUCAUGCUUUGGUCUGGAUUUCUGACCAUCAUUUUGCAUCGCUUCCCAGACUACCCCGAUUUGAGAAAGCUGGCUUAUAUUUUAUUUCAUGUUGUUCCUGCCAAUUUGAACCCAAUUAUUUAUGCCAUGCAAACAAAAUCACUGAGGCAGAAAAUUGUCCAAAUAUUCAGCAAAAGGAUCAUGCACUCCUAG